AUGGUCAACUCAUUGUCCGUCUUGUCUGCCGUCUUGUCUCAACCGCUUCAUUCCCCUAGCAUGGAUACAUGUCCCGUCAAAUGCUCGAUUUGCUUAGAUAUUAUGAUUCAGGCUUGCACUCUACAAUGUGGCCAUUCAUUCUGCGAGCUUUGCAUCGAUAACGCGAUCAACCGCGAUGUUCGCUGUCCUAGGUGCCGUCAGAAUACGAACGGAUUUGGCACCAGGAACAUGCGAUUGGAUAAUUUGGCCUACAGUUUCGCGAGCCAAAGCCGCCUGCUACUAGAAAGCUACAUUAAGAGAAAAAGGCAGAACAAAGAUGCAAUGGCAGUUCGAAAUAGAGCUCGUGCGAUUUUAUGUUUCGUGCUUAAUUGCGAAGAAAAGGCGCUGACGAUUGGGGAGAUCGAGGAUGAAUGGAAGCAGUUGCGCCCCGACGACAGAUCUUUUGAUAAUAAGCUUAUAAAAGAAAUGCUGCACACUGUAAGAACUAAUCGCGCACAUUUCAAUAUCAUGGACUGCGGAGAAGGAGUACGGGUGUCAAUGAAAAGCAUGCCGAAUAGAAGAGAGGUGCCAUGAUACAGUUCACUUGAUUAAUUGUUUCUCUUUGGUCUCAAU